CGUCGCUCCGGCCCUGCCCAUCCUGCGAUGCACCGCCGCUGUCUGUCCUGCAGUCUCGCAGUGAGAAAACAAUAUUCCCACACGUUGAGGACUAGCAGCCCCACCAGCCCGGUUAUCUACCAGCUACACAUGUUUUAUAUCGAAAACAGACCAACUGCCGACCAUCCGGAACAAGAUGUACCACUCUGACCACGGUGUGGACUUCCCCGACCUCUCCUUCCAAAUCCCCGGCAGCCCCGCAGAGCUGCGCCCAGCGACCAGAGAGUGAACACAAAAUCCUCAACGCACCAACAUAUUUACCUUCCCCUUCACCCACACAGGGCCUCCCUCUGCCGCCGACGCUACAGUCCCACCCUCCCUCCUCCUGGACCAUGGACAGCCCUCCUAAGCUGUCUGGCGAGACCCUGAUCGUGCACCACAUCCCUUUGGUGCACUGCCAGGUGUCAGGGGGGCGGCAGGGUGGCUGCGGGGGCUCUCUGAAGAGGAGCAACCCGUUCAGCCCGCCGGAGAACCUGGGCUUGAGUCGUACCACCUCGCUUCCCGAGAGAGACGUCCUCCAGAGAGAGGCUCUGCUUUACAGCAGUCUGAUCCACACCUCCAGCGGGUCCUGGUCCCCGCACAACAGAGGGAGAGAGAGGAAGGGUGGCGGGAAAGGAGGCAGCACAGCGAGUGAUGAUUCAUCGUUUACCUCGAGCACUUCAGAGGACCAGCUGAUCACAGCUCACACGUUACCCAGAGCCAAGCCGAGGAACAGGAACCCGUUGCGUCAUAAUCCAUUCCUGCUUAAUACCGAAGACGAUGAGGAUGAAGAAGAAGAGGAGGAUGAUGGUGACAACCUGAGCGGUUACCUUGAAGACUCCUCUUUUCACCUCCACAGUGACACUAACUCUGCCCUCGAUGAUGGGAUCGCUCCUUUCCACUUACACGACCUCGGCUUUGCUCCGGAGCCCUUCCUCCUGCACAGCUCGGUCGGAGGCAGCAGCCGGGAGUCCCUGAGGGGCGUGGUCUCGGAUCUCUCCACCCACCUGGAGGACCUGGACGUCCUAGGGUUGGACAGCCAGCGCCGCCACGGCAGCAGCGGUUCCAACAUGUCCAUGGAUUGCGGAGAACACGACUGGGGCGAUGACGACGAAGAGGAUGAAGAUCAUCCUAUGCGGUGCGGACGAAGCAGUAAGACAGGUUCGUACUCCUCCACCUCCUCCACCCAGCACUGCUCCUGCUGCGUACUCUCCCAAAACUACCCUCAGCACUUCCCCGAAGCCUUCCCAGAGCCUUUCUCAGAGUGCCAGCAAGGCUACGGCAGCGACUCCUCGUGCAACAGCUCGGACGGCGUGCUCGUCAACUUCAGCGCCAUUUACAACAAGAUGAACAACAGCGUCCCGGAGAAACCGGCGGUCUCAGUGCCCGCCAACCUCAACAGCUCCACCGACCUCUCCUGCACCUCAUCCGUUUCCGAUCCACAGGGAAACCAGCGGGACUCAACCGGAGGGGCUUUUUAUUUAGAUCUUCACACUUCACCUACCGAACCUCCCCAGUCGCAGCAACAACCUUCCUGCCUCGGCAACAACUUCCCCCUCAUCCGAGAACCACAACUGUCCACUUCCUCCACCUGCUCCUGCUCCGUAGAGCACCAGGGCGCCCUCGACCUCGACGCUAACUGCAACUCCUAUCACCCUCCGCAUUUCGGGUCGUCCGGUGACCUUGCGUCUUGCCUGCAGAGUCAGGCCCGCCUGGUCGUCGCCACACAGAACUAUUACAAGCUGGUCACCUGUGACCUCUCGUCCCAGUCGUCCCCGAGUCCCGCUGGCUCUUCAGUCAACAGCUGCUCUGACGAGCACAGCAAGGGAAGCCCCACCCCGACUCAGCCCAGCGAGUACUUCCUGUUCAGGCAGCGGGCUGAGGAGGGUGUGGAGGAAGAGGAUGAAGAUGGAGAGUCAACUAGGAGAGAUGACGAUGACAAUGAUAACAAUGAAGAGGACGAGGUGGUAGAGGAGGAGGAGGAGGAGGAGAAGACCGAGCAGGCGGCCGGCGAGGGUGAAGCCGCUCCUUCCGUGAUCGAAGGUCAGGUGUACGUCAACGUCUCCCCUCCCGUCGCCGGCCGGGGCGUCAUCGGGGCCUCCUCCGCCUCCGGUAGCCGCCCCCGUUCUCGCAGCUACGACCGCAACCUGGACAAGUCUCCGUCUCCUCGCCUCGGGUCUCUGGAGCGUAUGCUGAGCUGCCCCGUCCGGCUCAGCGAGGGCAUCGCCCCGGCCCCGCCCCCUCCCCCGCGGGUCACAUCCUUCGCGGAGAUCGCAAGAAGCAAGCGAAGAAACGGAGGCUCGGGGGGGUCGCCGUCGAUGAAGGCGGCCGCGGACCCCUUCUCCUCCACCCACUCCCACUCCUCGGUGGAUUUUUCUCCCAUCCUGGAGCAACGCGUGGAGGUCGACGCUCACAGCCUGUCACCUGUACCCUUCACCAGAUGUUACAGCCAAGGCAGCAUAGAGAGACACCUGGAGGGGGCGAGGGAGACACGGGCCAAGGCUGAAGGUCUCUCCAGCUCCUCAGAAAGCCGCCUGGCGGUGGUCCGCUACAGUAAAGACCAGCGGCCCACCACCCUCCCCAUCCAGCCCUUCACUUUCCAGCAUCAGUUCGCCACCAAGCCUCCACAGCCCAAACCGCUGCUCCCUCUUCUCACAGGCUACGUCUCUGGGAUGCAGGCCCGCUCCGGUUCCGGCUCUGGAUCCGGCUCCGGAUCCGGCUCCGGCUCUGGAGGUCCGGGAGGGGAGGAUGGCGAGGAUGCAGCUGAAAACGUGCACAGGUACCAGGGUGCUUUAACUGCAGCGGCGCCUCCUCCCGGAACAGUACGGCCUUCGCCUCUCGGGAGCUACUCCCCUGUACGCCUCCACGGGGCACCCAGCUCCGGGACCUGCUCCACCUGCACCCCGAGCCCUCAGCCGGCACACAGUCUCUCCUGCCCGCUCUCCGCAGGCCUCAGUCCCCUGCACUCCCCGCAGACCGCCAAGCAGAGCGCGGGGUCAGGGCCGUUACCACCUACGCCUCCGCCUUCGUCUCUGGGGGCAAAGAGAGGGACGGUGCCACCGAUUCUGCCGGCGGUGCAGGGACACUGUUUCCACCGCGGAGCUCUGACCGGUUUACCGGCGCUGCCCAGCGACACACUGAGUCCGCUGGGAUGCCUUGAGCCCGGGAACCACAUGGAGGGAAGCAAAGGAUCUGGAGCCAGGACACAAAAUGCAAUGGGCCAAUCAGCGAAGCAGCUGCAGCAGAGCUACAGCGACUUCCUGCCGGACUAUUUCUCCCUUACCGAGAAGCCGCCGGAGGAGUUCUGCCUUUCCCCCGACGCCUCGAGCUCCUCUUCCUCCUGCUCCUCCACGCAGUCCCACAUCUCCGUCGACCUGACGCAGAAGAGAGGUUUGGUGAAAGCCGUGAACACAGCGGUGGAUCUGAUUGUGGCGCACUUUGGCACCAGUCGAGACCCAGAUGUGAAGGCUAAACUGGGCAACAGCUGGGUGAGUCCCAAUGUGGGUCACCUUAUCCUGAAGUACCUGUGCCCAGCCCUGCACGAGGUGCUGCAGGACGGUUUGAAAGCCUACGUCCUGGACCUGAUCAUCGGACAGCGGCGUUGUCAGCCCUGGAGCCUGGUGGAGGCCUCCACACAGCUGGGCCCGUCCACGCGUGUUCUCCACAGUCUUUUCUCAAAGGUGAGCCAGUUCUCGGAGCUCACCAGCCACAGCAUGAGGCUCAACGCCUUCAUCUUCGGCCUGCUCAACCUGAAAUCUUUGGAAUUCUGGUUCAAUCACCUCUACACACAUGAAGACAUUAUAGCGGUGCACUACAACCCCUGGGGUUUCCUUCCCCUGUCGCAAGGGGCGUGCCAGCCUCUCUUCGAGGAGCUCCUCCUCCUGCUGCAGCCGCUGUCGCUCCUCCCCUUCGACCUCGACCUGCUGUUCGAGCCACACCUCCUCCAAAAGGGCCAGGAGCAUCUCCGUCGCAAGGAGCAACUGUGCUCUGCGGGCCAGAGUGUCGACCAGUCAACCCGCUCCACCUUCCAGCUCAUGAGAGGAUGGAGCACCACUGUAAGCGAAAUGGUCAGGGACUCGAGCGCCGAGGUGAAGAAAGAGAGGGCGGGGCUGAGACGAGAGGGGACGUGGCCGAGGAUGUUGAGGAAAGAGGGGGCGACAACCGAAAGCGUCACACCCGGGCCUGUUAGUAGACCGUCAACGAUGGAAGUAGGGUUUGCCAAUCUUUGGAAGGAGAGAGGGAUGGGUGGGCAGAGAGUGAAAGGUGUAGGACAAGAGAGCGUAGGAGAGAGUGAAGAUGGACAAGAGAAGGACAGGAGGAAGGAAAGAGAGAGGGAUCCGGUGGACGAGGGGCGUCAGCGGCAAGAGAGACAGGCUGGCUGGUGGUACCAGCUCAUGCAGUCUUCUCAGGUCUACAUCGACCAAUCCACAGAGGGGUCAAAGUUCGUCAAGACAGAGAAGAGGAAGAAGUCAUCAGAGAGACGACGGGGCCAACUACCACCUACCAGAGAGGGUGUGGUGGAAGGGGCAGAGUCGAGCCAGGAGGGGGAGGGGUACAGAAGCAGGAAAAGCAGCAGUAGCUCCAGCGGGGAGUCGGCUGGAUCCAGGGGAAGGCCUUCAUGGAUGGGCAGCCCACCAGAGUCUGUUCUCAAUCAGGACAAAGUGACAAAAUCUCUGGAGGUUACAGGGACUGAAACUCAAGCUGCAGCCCAGGAGGACAGCCCCUCACAGGGACAGGGUUUGCGCUGGGGCAGGCUUUUUGGAUCAAGCGUUGGCUCUCCUACAAGGGUGGAGGGAGCUGAACAGAGAGCAAAAACUCAAAAGACUAGGCCACCAUCAGGUUGGCUCGGUCUGGACAGGUCUGUUCUCGACCUCGUAGCUCAGACUAUCGGAGCGGGAAGCGGGAAGAAGACGGAGCUUCCAGCCACACCUUCUCACACCCAAAGUACACCUCCGCCGACGUCAGCCCAACUGACUGAAGCCAGACAACAGUCUCUGUGUGAAGUACGAGCAUUGUGUCACCAUAUAGCCACCGAGCCCGGCCAGCUGAGCUUCAACAAGGGCGACAUCCUGCGGGUCUUGAGUAAGGCCGAUCCUGACUGGCUGCUCUGCUCCCUCGGCUCCAGCCAGGGCUUGGUUCCAAUCAUCUACGUCACCCUCAACAGCAUGGAGGACAGCCACGACGCCACCGGGCUGGGCCAGUGCUGAGCCAAAAAACCGCCUCAAGAGGAAAUCAUAUAAAAAAAAAGAUGAACAGCUUUGGAAGACGGAGGGGAUCCCUGCUACUGCAAACUCUGUGUUUGGCUGCUGUUGUAAGUGAGAUAACUGUACUGGGGGAUAAAAAAAAAAAAAAAACGUUGUAGAAAAUAUGAAGAUUAUGAAGAUGAUGUACAGACACAUGCAAGGGAAGCAUGCAGGCUCGAACACGAACUCACAUCUACUUCACGGGUACAUUCAGACAAAGUAUGCAUGCAUACAUCCACAAAACCAAAAGACCAGACGAGAAACAAAACCCAAAGACUUCUUCUUCUCUCCACAUGACUGUCCCCAUCUAAAAUAACAUCUGUACUUCAAACAAAUUCUCACAGAUGGUAACCCUUCCCAGUAUGAUAUAUACCACGCCUAGCUGCACUUUGCUGUACUGUCUAUACAUUCACCUAGCUGUGCCACACUUUGAACACAGUGCUCAGUUAUAUUUGCCCCUCUCUCUCCCGGUCGAAAGACGGGUCGGCUUGAUGUCCUGUUGCUUACAUAGUGCCGAUUGAUCAUUUCGUUCAUGUAGAAACCAGUGAAUCCUUGCUUUUCAGUGAGAUUUAAAGUGGUUUAUGUAAGCGCAAAAACUAAAUUGUUAACUUCUUAAUCCACCUGGCAUUAGGUGUGAUUUAGCAUAUUGUUAUUAUUAUUAUUAUUAUUAGAGAGUAGAGAAACACCAGAGUGAAAAGAACCUAAAAGGAAAAACCUGUUUCCAUUCUUCAAAAUGUCUUAUUUUUGCUUUUCAUCAAUGCCUGUUUCUUUGGUCGCUGAGACAGCUGGAUGGACUGACUGACAAGCAAAUUGCCUUUUUUAUUCCUCUUUUCUGCUCACACGUCCCACAGCAGGUCAGGUCAGGUCAGGUCGGCGGGAGGGAGGGAAGGAGGGAAGGAGGGAGCGGUGGGGGACGAAGGAUUGUUUUAAGCGCAUGCAACCUUGCGAAAAUGUUUUUCCCCUUUAACGCUGUUUCACCCGUGUUCCUGACGCACCUCGGUCCCCCCCUUCAAUCUCUCAUCGAAGAAACGCUUCACGGCUUUACGGGAGGACUCGACAGACGUGGAUGUUAACUAUCGGUACAUACUGUAUAUGCAUAUAUGACUUACACAUGCGGUGAGGUAUAUCUAUUUAUUGACCCAGAUUAAUUCGUUAAAGCUGAAGGAAGCGUCUAAAACGGACGGCGGCAGAAAACGGGGAAGGAUGUCCAAUGAAAGCAAAGCGUCGCUGUGGAGGUCUUUUUUUUUUUUUUUGAAUGUGUUGGGGGGAUUUGCCCCAGCCUGCAAAUUCUUAAAAUUAUUGUUAAUUAGUUAAAUGUUUUGCAUUUACAGAGAGAUAAUGAUCUUAUCUAUGCCUUAAAGCACUUGUAGAAAAAAAAAGGGGGAAUCGUUGGACACUUCAAGGCUACUGACCUAAUAUUUGUCCUGACAUUAUAUUUUGUAUACGCUACGACGUGUCUGACUCGACAUUUUUCCCCAGAUUUAUGUCUACAAAGAUUGAAGUGUUGUGCAGAAAUAUGGUGAUAUUUUUUUGAUGUUUUAAAGGGAAACCCCAACACAUUUUGUGUAAAAAGGUGUAUAAUGUGGCCUUAGGUUCAAAAUGAGUUGACAAAGAGCUGAAGCUGGAUAUCUGGAUGGAUGUUGAGUGUGAACAGCUUGCCCAAUUCAAAUAUUACACAAUAUAAAAAAGGUUCAAAUGUACAUUUAUUAAAUAAAUGAAGGCUUGUGUAGUUUUUGAAAAAAACGUACAUAGGAUAUAUAAUUUUCUUUUUUGUUUUAUUGUACAGUUUUUAUUUUAUUUUAAACAUUUAAUUUCAACAAAAAAAAAAAAUUAUUUCAUUCUCAUUGAACUGUAAAUAUAUUUAAAUCCUUCAAUGAUUAAUUUCUGCCAUAGAGUUAUAUGUAUGAAUGUUAUUAAUGAUUUUGUUAAUGCAUUUCUUUUAUGUUAAACACAGGAAGCAAGAAUAAGCUUUAGUUUCGACAACCUGCUGACCAUAACGCGAGUUUGCCCCCGUGGCGGUGGAAGGUUUAAUGAGUUUAUUUUCAGUCCUCCAGGCAGUUUGCUGUUCAUUGACAUCCUGUUCAGAGUUCACAUGGGACAGGCGGUAAUAAAACACGUAGUAGUGAUAUAAACCAGAGAGACGGGGGAGGCUCAGGGCUGAGAGGAGGCAAAGACAGAUUCACACGUAUGAUUUGGCGUUUCGAUUUGGCUGAGAUGUUGUGUGCUUUCAAAUGCAACGAGGUCCGCUUGUUAAGAGUGAAAUGAAAAAAAAAAAGAGAGAAAUAGAGAAGAUCAGCCUUCUCUCUCUCUCUCUCUCUUUGAUCUGUUUUCUCUCUGCUCUCUCUCUCUCUCCCUGGCUGCCUCCUUGCCUGUAAAUACCUUCAGCAUCAGUGACACUGCUCUUCUCUCUGUGUCCAGGCUAUAUGACGUGUAACGUAUGACAUUAUCAAACUACUAUGGAUGUUAAAUAACAAAGUGCUCAUGUGAUCACAAA